CGGCGCCUGCGCCAACAUGGUGUUGUUAACCCUGAGGCCUCGGCUGUUUCGGCUUCAGUGUGUCCCUUUCGGUCUGGCUGAAGGCUGGAGAUCCGGCCUGUGUGGAGGGGCCGGGAGUAGCGAGCGGCCGGAGGGCAGGGUGAGGCUGCGGUUUGGGCCGAGCCCCACAGGCUUCCUGCAUCUAGGAGGACUUCGCACAGCUCUGUACAAUUACAUAUUUGCCAAAAAACAUGGAGGUACGUUCAUUCUCCGGAUUGAAGAUACAGAUCAGAGCCGCCUUGUUCCUGGAGCAGCGGAGAGCAUUGAGGAUGUACUGGAAUGGGCAGGAAUCCCCCCUGAUGAAAGCCCUAAGAGAGGAGGCUCGUAUGGACCAUACAAACAGUCAGAGCGACUGGAUCUGUACUUAAAGGCCACUGAAACCCUGCUAAUGAAGAAUGCAGCAUAUUAUUGCUUCUGUAGCCCCCAGCGUCUGGAAAUGUUGAAGAAGGAAGCAUUGAGAAUGAGACAAACACCAAAGUAUGAUAAUCGCUGUCGGCACCUGACUCAGACUCAAGUAGAGGAGCGAUUGGCACAAGGAUGCCCACAUGUUAUCCGGUUUCGACUGGAGGAGGGUGCUGCGCCCUUUGAAGAUCUGGUAUAUGGACUGAACAGGCUAGAUCCUGCCAGUGUGGAGGGUGACCCCGUUAUCCUUAAGGCGGAUGGGUUUCCAACCUACCAUUUGGCAAAUGUAGUUGAUGAUCACCAUAUGAAAAUCAGCCAUGUUUUGCGGGGCACUGAGUGGCUCACUUCCACUGCCAAGCACCUACUGAUGUACAAGGCCUUCGAAUGGGACCCUCCAGCUUUUGCUCACCUUCCACUUCUCCUGAACAAAGAUGGCAGCAAACUUUCCAAACGUCAGGGUGAUCUGUUCAUCCAGAACUUUUCCCAGAAUGGAGUGCUUCCAGAGGCUUUACUUGACAUUGUCACCAACUGUGGAUCUGGCUUCUCAGGAAAUCGACUAGGUCGGAUGCUGGAGGAGCUCAUCAGCGAGUUUGAUGUGACCAAAAUAACAACCCACUCUGCACUUUUGGACCUUGACAAGCUGCCAGAGUUUAACAGGAUGCACUUGCUGCAGCGUAUUGAAUGUGCCAACUCGCGGCAGCGGUUAGUGACAGAGCUUCAAGCUAUGGUUGAGAAGGAGUUUGGUGAUAAGCUGAUGGAUAGUGAGGCGUUAUGCACUGAUUAUGUGGAACGGAUGUUGCUACACAGGAAGGGCCACAUCACCCAUUUGCAGGAAUUGGUGUCACCAAACUACUCAUACCUCUGGUUUCGACCUGUUGUGUCCCAUGAGCAAAUGCUGAAUCUGUCAACUGAAGGAGAAAAGAUCUGUUGUGUAGUGAUGCGAUUCUUCCAGACCUGGUCCAAUAGAAGUGUGAGCCCAGCAGAGCUGAACAAUGAACUGAGAGCACUACAGACCCAGUUCACAAGUACCAAGUACAGUGACAUGAUGAAGGUUCUUCGACUGGCUCUUAGUGGAAAGCAGCAAGGACCGAGUGUGGCUGAGAUGAUGCUGGCUUUGGGAUCUAAAGAGGUGUGUAAACGUCUGCAACAGGCUGUCAUCCAUUGACUAUCUACUUAGCACCUGCAGUUUGGACAUCAUGUGAUGCACCUCCCAGACUUGUAUGGAAGUGUUCCUCUGCUGCCAUAUAAUCCAGGCCGGAAAAGUCUGUCAGGCUUCCUUCUCCAUGCAGUGUGAUCACAUCUGAUCAUCCAUUUCAAAGCUAUUUUCCCCCAGAGUAUUGUCUUUAAUAUAAUUUGCAUUGAGAAAUAUGUCCAUCGCUACUUUAAACAUAUUCCAUGACUGAGCUUCCACAGUCCUCUGUGGUAGGGAAUUUCAAAGAUUCACAACUCUCAGUAAGCUUUCUAAUCUUUGCCCUAAGACGUUUUCCCCUUAUGUUGCCCCCUUAUUUUGAAACUGUAACUGGUUACAGACUCUGAAACUAUGGGGAGCGUCUUACCUGCAUCAACUUUAUCUAUCCCUUUGAGAAUUCUGUGCUUUCAAUGAGAUCACCUCUCAUUUAUUAAAACUCUACAGAAUACAAGCUGUUUCUCCAACCUUUAUUCAUAAAACAGUCUUGCUCUUCCAAGAACAAAUCUGGUGAACCUGUGAUGCACUCUCUUUACGGCAGUAAGAUCUUUCUUCAAGGUGACCAAAAUUGCAUACAGUACAGUACUCCAGAUAUAAUCUAACCAAUGUUCAAUAGAAUUGAAACAAAAUUUCACUACUCCUAAACUUGAGUCCUUUUGUAAUAAAAGCCAAUAUACCAUUAAACUUCUUAAUACCUGCUGCAACUACAUGUUAGUUUUCAGGGGCUUAUUGACAAGAACUCCCAGGUCCCUUUGUACAUCUACACUCUCUAACUUCUUAUUCGUUUUUGAGAAAUACUAUGCACAUCUGUUCUUCCUAUCAAAGUAGAUAUACUGAAUAUUCCACAUUGUAUUUCACGUGCCAUUUUUUGUCCAGUUACUAAGUCUCUUCAAAUCUUCUUGAAACUGCUUUGCAUCAUCUUCACAACAUGCAUGUUAAGGUCGGUUAGUAUCAUAAAAUGUACAGCACAGGAACAGACCGUUUGGCUCAACUGGUCUGUAUCAGUAUUUAUGUGCAACUUGAACUUCCUAUCCUACUUUAUAUAACCCUCUAUUGUUUUCUCCCUCUUGUACUUAAUAGAUUUCCCUUAAACAUACAUAUACAUAUUAAAUAUUAUAUAUAUUUGAAAAGCUAAUAGUAAAAUAUUGCUUCAAUUGGAUAGAACUUUGGUUAGACUGAAUCUGGAGAACUCUAUGCAGAUUUCAUCUUGUCCCAGGAAAGAUACUGCCAGAGAAGGAGUGCAACAAAAGUUCACCAGAUCUGUCCGAAGAUGUUGGGACUGACCUAUGAAGAGAUAUUGGACAUUCUGGGCCUAUAUUCUCUGGUGUUUCAAAGAAUAAGCAGUGAUCUCAUUGAAAUCUAUGAAAUACUUAAAGGGAUAAACAGGGUAAUGCAUGUAAGAGGUUUCCCCUGGUUAGGGAGUCUGGAGCCAGUGGGCACAAUAUCAAAAUAAGGAAAUGAGAUGAGAAUUUUGUUUUUAUUCAGGAUAGUGAAUCUUUGGAAUUCUCUACCAGACGUGGCUGUGGAAGUUCAAUCUUUGAAAAUAUUUAAAGUAGAAGUUGAUUUAGAAAGAGUUUUGGAGAUAGUUUGAGUAAAAGGCUUUCAAGUGCUCAAUCAGUCAUCAGUAUUAAAACGGUGGAGGAGAAUGGGCUGAAUGGCCUACUCCUGCUCCAUUGUUUCUAUUUGCCUCAACUACUCCCUGACAUAGCAAGUUCCACAUUCUAAUCACAUAUGGUGAAGAAAUGUCUCCUGAAUUCCCCUUUGAACUUAUUAAUUACAUUUUUUUUAUUUAAUCAUGAGAUGUCAGCAUCAUUCUCAAAACCAUAAUUAGUUGUCUAUCCUAAUUGCUAUUGAAAAAGUGUUGGUGAGGCACCUUCAUGAGCAACUGCAUUCAUGUGCUGCAGGCACACCUGUGGUGCUUUUACGAACUGUUAGAAGAUUUUUACUCAGUGACAAUGAAAGAAUGGCAAUAUAGUUUAAAAUCCAGAUGACAUGUUGACUGGUGAUGGUGAUCUUUCAGGUGAUGGUGCUCUCAUAUGAUGAUAGAAAUUACAGGUUUAGAACGUAAUAUUGAAGAGGCCAGUGAACUAUUACUGUCUUUUUUGAGGUCGGAGUUUCUGGAUAGUGACUAAUUUGGUUGCACUCCUUCCUCUGAAUCACAGGUUUUGAGAUGAAACUUCAUGCUAGGACUUGAAUACAAAAAUCAAGGCUAGUAUUCAAUGCUAUUGGAGUUGGAGAUGCCAUCUUUUGGGUGAAAUGUUAAUCAUGACCUGUUUUCCCUCUCAUGGAUAUAGAGACUUUGGAACAUGUUCAAUGAAAAGGGAGCUAUUCUCAAUGUUCUGGCCAAUAUCCACCCUUUGAAGAUACAUAGAACAUACAAGUUAGGAACGGAAGUAGGUCAUGCCUGAUCUGUUUGUGAUUUGAUUUCCACAUUCCCAUCUAUCCCAAAUUUGAUUCCCUUGCCUAACAAGAAUGUACUUUCCUCCACCUUCAUAAAUUUUCAAUGACCCUGCUUCACCCGUCUUGAGACAGAGUGUACCACAGUCAUUCAAUCUCUGAAAGAAUCACUUUCUCCUCAUCUCUGUCUAAAAGGGCCACUCCUAUGUUUUUAAACAGUUCCCUCUGGUUCUGGAAUUACCCGAGAGAGGGGACAUCUGUUUCAAUCAAAAUCACAAAAACAAAUUAUUUGAUCAUUGUUACAUUGAUGUAUUUGGGACCUCCUUGUGUGCAAAUUGGGCACCACAUUUUCUACAUUAUAACAGAGAUUACAAUUCAAAAGUAUUCUAUUGGCUGGAAAGCACUUGAAGACAUUUGGUGAUAAUGAAAAGUACUAUGUGAAUGGAAACCUUCCUUUUAGAAGACACAUGGGUCUGGAAGUGUCAGUCCAAAAAAUGAUGUGAAUUGGAAUAGAGACUGCAAGUAAGCAUUGUUAAUAGACACAUAAUAACCUCAGUUUAAUUUUAAAUGACUCCUGUUGGGCAGUUCCUCUCCACACUAAAUUGUGAUUUGUAAUCAAAUUUAUAUUUAUUUUUGCAUCUGAUACGUACUGUCGUUUGUUAAACUUCAGUGUUGGACUUGCAAUCCAUGAGUUCAACUUCUAUCAGGAAACAUUGUGAAAUUUAGUUUAGUAAAUCUGGUAAUUUGUGGGCAAUCAGAUUGUUAUAUUCUAAAAUGAUUUACCAACAGCCCAUUGGUUAUUCUGUAUGCAACUCAAAUUCCACACUGUGAUUGACUCUAGGCACAGGAUGCCAACCUGUAACAGGAAAAAAACAAAUAUUUAUAUUUCCCUAAACAAGGUCUAUUUAAAGUAUGUUUAAACUUGGUAUUGCUAUAAUUUACUGUUGCUUUGUUAUUCGGAAGGAACACAAAAGAAACAUAAUUUGUUGAAAUUGCAAAUAUUAGAAAAAUGAAAUUAAAAUGGAAG